CGUUCUGUGCAGCAGCUCUAUGGACCUAACAAUAGACUGGGAUAGGCAAGUUUGCCAUAAAGAAAAAAACGGUGGGGUGUAGACCACAGUAGAGUUGCCUGAAUGAGUGCGGUCGUGCGUGGCUGUGAGUCUGGAAUAAUUGUCCAGGGUGGAAUUUCCUGAUCGAAAUAGACAACUGCCUGAGUUGGUUCCAUCUCAUCUUCCCCUGAGGAGAGCCAGUCCAACGGCACAUCUCAAGAAGCAGCCGUCUGCAGCCUAGCUGAAGAUGUCUGAUAAUGGGGAGGUCGAAGACAAGCCCCCAGCCCCGCCCAUGAGGAACACCAGCACCAUGAUUGGCUCCAGCAGCAAGGACCCCGCCCCCUUGAACCAUGGGUCUAAGCCCCUCCCCCCCAACCCAGAGGACAAGAAGAAGAAGGAUCGAUCCAUCAGGUCAAUACUCACGGGGGGAGGAGACAAGACUAACAAGAAGAAGGAGCGCCCAGAGAUCUCUCUCCCGUCUGAUUUUGAACACACCAUCCACGUUGGCUUUGAUGCCGUCACUGGAGAAUUCACCGGCAUGCCAGAGCAGUGGGCGCGGCUCCUCCAGACCUCCAACAUCACCAAGCUGGAGCAGAAGAAGAACCCGCAGGCCGUUCUGGACGUGCUCAAGUUCUACGACUCCAAGGAGACUUCCAACAGCCAGAAAUACAUGAGCUUCACCGACAAAAGUGCAGACAACUACAGCUCCUCAGUCACAACGGUGAGAAUUUGUCUCUUGAAUUUAUUUUUUUUAUCCAAUUUUGGCUGUUAGGGUGUUGUUGUUUGCUUACGAAACCGCCACGUGGGAAAUCAUGUGAGCUACGCCUCUUUGAUGCUGCAUCAGAGAAACAAAUCAAGCAGAGA